CCUACUGCACUAGCUGCAAUGACGGGUGGAAAGGGACAAAAGUUUUAAGAAAUUCUAAACCAGCAAGACUACCUUAGUGUUGACAUUGACCACGUCGCCAAAAUACAAAUCCUUUUGUGGUAUAAUUCGGAAAAGGGUAAUCCCUAUUCUACUUCACAGGCAGAGGGUGAUGAGACAUGGAAACGUUGAGGAGUUUCCUUCUUGGUUUUGUUGGAGGUCUAGUUCUUGCCUUUCUGGUUCAAGCUCAGGACCAAUCAGGAUUCAUCAGCUUAGAUUGUGGAGCUCCUGAAGAUGUGACCUAUACUGAGUCCACAACAGGCAUAAAUUAUACUUCAGACGCAAAUUUGAUUAAUACUGGUGUGAGUAAGUCGAUAGAAACUAAUCUCAAACAACGGUAUCAGCGACAAAUGUGGACUGUGAGAAGCUUCCCUGAAGGAAAAAGGAACUGCUACAAAAUAAACAUCACAAGAGGCUCUAAGUAUCUGAUCAGGGUUAGUUUUUUGUACGGAAAUUAUGACGAUCUGGAUAAGACUCCAGAGUUUGAUAUUCAUCUUGGGGCUAACCUGUGGGGUACGGUGAGCAUAAACAAUGGAUCAAUUGAAGUGGACAAGGAGAUCAUACAUGUACCCUCACUGGAUUAUUUACAGCUCUGUCUUGUUGACACAGGCCAUGGAACACCGUUUAUAUCAGUCAUAGAAUUGAGAACUUUGCCAAAUAAUAUUUACGUCACUGAAUCUGGAUCAUUGGAAUUUUUCGAGCGGUGGGAUAUAGGUUCAAACAAAGGCUACAGAUACAACUACGAUGUUUAUGAUCGCUUUUGGAGAUAUGGCAACAUAAAUGAUUGGACAGAAUUAAAUGUUUCGAUUUCUGCUGAUGCUUUAGACCAGGACGUGUACAGACCGCCAGCUAUUGUGAUGAGCACUGCAGCUACACCAGCAAAUGUCAGUGCUCCAUUGGUAAUAAGAUGGAAGCCAGAUGAUCCAACUGAACAAUUCUAUGUUUACUUGCACUUCAUGGAGAUUCAAGAGUUGGCGACGAAUGAGACAAGAGAAUUCAACAUCUUGGAAAAUGGUAAACUGAGGUUUUCAAAGUUUUCACCAAGGAAUCUUCUUGUCAACACUUUAUAUAGCUCGUCCCCCUCCAGUGGGAAAGAAAUUAUAUAUUCUCUUGAAAAAACCGAAAACUCAACUCUGCCUCCCAUCAUCAAUGCCCUUGAAAUUUACAGCGUAAUAGAUUUCCCGCAAUCAGAUACGUUCAAAGGAGACGAUGAUGCCAUUACAACCAUCAAAUCAGUUUAUGGGGUGACAAGAAAUUGGCAAGGUGAUCCAUGUGCCCCUGUAGAUUACUUGUGGGAUGGUUUGAAUUGUAGUUAUAGCAAAAACGAGUCUCCAAGAAUCACAAUUUUGAAUCUAUCUUCAAGUGGGUUGUCAGGAAAGAUAGACCCUUCAAUUUCAAGCCUCAGCAUGUUGGAGAAGUUGGAUUUAUCAAACAAUAGCUUAAAUGGUGAAAUCCCUGAAGUUCUGUCUCAAUUACAACACUUAAAGAUAUUAAACUUGAAGAACAAUAACCUCUCUGGUUCAAUUCCCUCGGCACUUGUUGAGAAAUCUAAGGGAGGUUCUUUGUCAUUAAGUGUGGACCAAAAUCUCUGUGAAUCUGGUCAAUGCAACGAGCAGGGCAAAGAGGGUGGAAAGAAAAAGAGAAAUGUUACACCCUUAGUAGCAUCAGUUAGUGGGGUUGUGAUCCUUCUCAUUGUCGCAGCAGCUAUAUUAUGGACGCUUAAAAGGAGAAAAAUGAAAGCUUUGAUAGUAGAAAAGGAUCAAAGUCAGAUCUCACCACAAAACACAGAACAAGAUGAUUUAUUACUACCAUUCAGAAAACAAAUUUAUUCGUACUCCGACAUCCUUAAAAUCACCAACAAUUUCAAUAAAACUCUCGGUAGAGGAGGAUUUGGAACUGUUUAUCUUGGUCAUAUCGAUGACACUCCAGUUGCAGUGAAAAUCCUUUCCUCAUUGUCUGCCCGGGGUUUUCAACAAUUUCAGGCAGAGGUUAAACUUCUAAUGAGAGUUCAUCACAAAAAUUUAACCUCCCUUGUUGGUUAUUGUAAUGAAGAAAGCACUAAGGGUCUCAUAUAUGAGUACAUGGCUAAUGGAAACUUACAAGAACAUCUCUCUGGUAGUCACAGCAAAGCAAAAUUCUUCACCUGGGAAGAAAGACUUCGUCUAGCAGUGGAUGCAGCAUUAGGUUUGGAUUAUCUGCAAAAUGGUUGCAAGCCACCUAUAAUCCACAGAGACAUAAAAUCUACAAACAUCUUAUUGAAUGAACACUUCCAAGCAAAGCUAGCCGAUUUUGGUCUGUCCAAAAUUAUUCCAACCGAAGGGGGAACUCACGUGUCAACUGUUGUUGCUGGUACUCCUGGUUAUCUGGACCCUGAGUACUUCAUAACAAACAGAUUGACAGAUAAGAGUGAUGUUUAUAGUUUUGGUGUUGUUCUUUUGGAGAUAAUCACAAAUCAACCAGUGAUAAUGAGGGAUGGUGAAGAAAGUAUUCACAUAAGUGACUGGGUUAGAUCCUUGGUUGCGAAAGGGGAUAUCGAGGCCAUUGUUGACUCAAGGCUAGAAGGAGAUUAUGAUACCAAUUCAGUUUGGAAAGCAGUAGAAGUAGCAACAGCAUGUGUGUCUCCAAAUAUGAACAAAAGGCCUAUCACAAGCGUGAUAGUGAUUGAACUGAAAGAGUCUUUAUCAAUGGAAGUAGCUCGAACAAAAUAUAGAAGUAUGUAUUCAACAGAUUCAGGGGUGACCUUGAAUCUGAAUACAGAAUUUAUUCCUCAUGCCAGGUGAACUCUUCAGCAGAAUAUGAUGGCUACAAUCAUAUAGCAAGGUCUAUAUGACUAUGGUAAGUGGUUUUCCUCUUUCAAUGUCAAACCUACUAUUGAAACUCUCCUCACACAAGCUCUGUAUAUUUGCUUGAUUUUAAUGUAUAAUAAUCUACAAAAUAUUGCAAACUCAAAGUAUUGUUGCACAAUUUCUGAAUACUCCUUUAAUUUGAGUGAUGUACUUAAAUGUAUUACUUGUCUUCCUUGUGACUGUAUAAAGUAUUGGUGAUUGAAAUUGAUUGUGCAAAUAGAAUAAGAUAAAUAGUAAGAGACACAUGCUUCUUUA